AUGAUCGACUUUGCUAAGGCCGGUUUCGAUAGUGGUACCUAUGUCAAGUUUUCUACUUCAUGCAUGAAGGCGGAUAAGGUCGACAUUAUCAGUAUUACGUAUGGCAAUAAAGCUGUGGUAACGUUUGCCAUUACUACAGUGUAUGUGUUCGGUGAUGAAGGUCCAACAUGUUAUGGUCCACUAUGUUUUGGAAAUCCCAUCGAAAAACAUUGUUUCCAUUUUGCGAUCAACGGUUCGUUCUACUCAAAUUCUUUUUAG